AUGGUGAAGAGAAACACGGUGACCGCCGCGGCGGCGGCGGCGGCGAAACCGCCGCUUCCGCCGGCGGUGAGCGGCGUCGCGCUAGCGAUCCCGGUGAUCACCAGGGGCCUCCAGGCGGUGGCCGGCGAGUUGCACAGGAAGCUGGGGAGCGUCUUCACGGUUAGCUUCCUGGGGAUGAUAAAGGUGACGUUCCUGGUCGGGCCGGAGCUGCAGGGGGACUUCUUCUCGAGGCUGGACUCGGAGGUGUGCCAGGGGGAGACGUACAAGAUGACGGUGCCCGUGUUCGGCAGAGGGGUGCUGUUCGACGUCGACCAGGCCACCAGGACGGAGCAGAUCGCCAUUUGCUUCGAGGCACUGAAGCCGGCGAGGCUUCGGAGCAACGUAGAGACCAUGGUUCGUGAGGUUGAGGAAUACUUUUCGAGAUGGGGAGAGCAAGGCACUGUGGAUCUGAAGAGCGAGCUCAACCUCGUCAUCCUGAUGGUGGCGAGCCGCAUCCUUCUCGGGAAGGAGGUGAGGGAGACCAUGUUCGACGAGUUCGCGAGCUUGUUCGGCGAGCUCAAGGACAACAGCAUGCACCUCGUCAGCCACUACUUCCCCAACCUGCCGAUCUCGCGGCACCGGCGGCGCAACGCGGCGUCUGCGGGGCUCAAGGCGCUCUUCGCCCGCGCCAUCGAGCUCCGCCGCGCCUCCGGCCGCGCCGAGGACGACGCGCUGCAGCGCCUCCUCGAGUCCCGGUACAGGGACGGCCGCCCCGUCUCCGACAACGAGGUCACCGGCAUGCUCGUCGCCCUGCUCUCCGCCGGCCACGUCACGAGCUCCAACACCAGCACCUGGACGGGCGCGUUCCUCCUCAGCAGCCCCAGGCACCUGGCCGCCGCCGUCGACGAGCAGAGGCGCCUCGCCGCCCGCCCCGUCGACCACGCCGCGCUGUCGGCGGAGAUGGACACGCUCCACCGCUGUAUCAAGGAGGCGCUCCGGCUGCAGCCGCCGGUGCCGCUGCUCCUCCGCAGCGUGCGCAGGGGCUUCGCCGUGCGGACCAGGGAAGGGAAGGAGUACGAGGUGCCGCGGGGGCACGGCCUCGCGUGCUACAUCGCGUUCAACCACCGCCUCGGCCGCGUGUACCGCGACCCCGGCGAGUACGACCCGGACCGCUUCGGCCCGGAGAGGAAGGAGGACAAGGCCGCCGGCAAGUUCGCCUUCACGGCGUUCGGCGGCGGGAGGCACGCGUGCCUCGGCGAGGCCUACGCGUUCCUCCAAAUCAAGGCGAUAUGGAGCCACUUGCUGAGGAACUUUGAGCUCGAGCUGGUGUCGCCAUUCCCCGAGGUCGAAGUGAACAACAUGAUGCCGGGCCCUGGCGGGAAAGUGAUGGUUAGCUACAAGAGACGGAAGCUUAAUUAGUUGCACCUAGUGGUUAAUAAUUACUAUCUCCGUUAGAAUCUCUUAUAUUUAACAACGGAGUUAAUAGUUGUCAGGUAUGGAUGUGUUCGUGUGCACCUAGCGCAGGUAACAUCGUAUCAAGCGGUGUCGUAUGAAUAAGUACUGUGAUGUAUAAGUAAAUCUUUGCCCUAGCGAAUAAAAG